AUGAAAGUAUGUUAUUUACCAAAAUUUUUAUUGAUUCCAUCAGCUAUCCUUAUAAUUAUGGGAAGUUUGAUAUAUGGAAUGAUUUUAGGAGCUGUUACAGGAUUUUAUCAAAUGGCACUUGCAGGAGUGUUUGUUGUUGUAGGAAUUAUUGGAAUUAUUAGUGGAUUAAUUAGAGACCGAAUUACAUCAUUUUGUUUUAUGAUAGGAUUGUGUGUAGUUUGGGUUGGUGGUGUUGCUAUGAAUAUCAUGGGAAUUGUAAAACCAACAACGUUGUCUACAUUUGAUAAUGAAAUAGUCAUUGGAGAUAUGAAAAUAAAACCAACAUACGAAUGGUUUUUGGGGGGAUUAGUAUUUAUUCUUGUGGUAUGUACACCGUGUUUAUGUAUUUCAAUUUGUAAUUGUGCCACUAUAGGCAACUUAAUACAAUACAAGAAAGACAAACAGAAAAGAAAAGAGAAGAAAAAACAAAAUAAGAUGAAAAUGAAACCAAUAGUCCAAGCUGUUCCUAUUCGAUCAUCCACUUUAGAAAAUGAGCUAGGAAAUACAAGUAAAAGAAAUACCAAUACGACAACAAAACAAGAAGAAGAGAAAAAAGAUAACUUUUCAGAAAAAAGUCAAUCUAAAUCAUCAGCAGAUAGUUCUAUUGAAGAGUUUGAUGGGAAACUUGAAGCAAUUAAUUGA